AUGGGCAAGCAAGGGGUACACAACCUUCAGACGAAGGCCGAAUUUGACCAGGCCAUGACCGACAAAGAUACCCUCAUGGUUCUCGACUGCUUCGCAACAUGGUGCGGACCUUGCAAGGUCAUUGCGCCUCAAGUAGUCAAAUUUUCAGACGCCUACCCCGACGCCAGAUUCUACAAGCUCGACGUUGACGAGGUCCCGGAAGUUGCGCAAGAGCUAGGCAUCCGCGCCAUGCCGACUUUCCUGUUGUUCAAGAACGGCGAGAAGGUUGGUGAGGUUGUUGGGGCCAACCCGAAGGCGCUCGAGGCCGCCAUCAAGAGCAACCUGGGCCAGUAG